GAGCGACCGCGAAGGCCCCCGCCCGCUACUCCUCCCGCCCCCUCCUCCCCAGAGGGCUGGCUGGCUAAGUCCCUCCCGCUCCCAGCUCUUCGCCUCACUAGCAGCGGCUCUCGGCGCAGCGGGGACAGGGUGAGACGGCCUGCGUCCACCGAGCGCACGACACUGCCGGGAACGCACCGCCACCCUUAGCCCCCCUCCGCCGCCCACUCGGGACCUCCAGCGGCCUUCGCGCGCGCACGAUGCCCUCGGCCACCAGCCACAGCGGAAGCGGCAGCAAGUCGUCCGGACCGCCACCCCCGUCGGGUUCCUCCGGCAGCGAGGCGGCGGCCGGGGCCGGGGCAGCUGCGCCGGCUUCGCAGCACCCGGCAACCGGCACCGGCGCCGUCCAGACCGAGGCCAUGAAGCAGAUUCUCGGGGUGAUCGAUAAGAAACUUCGCAACCUGGAGAAGAAAAAGGGCAAACUUGAUGAUUACCAGGAACGGAUGAACAAAGGGGAGAGGCUUAACCAAGAUCAACUGGAUGCUGUAUCUAAAUACCAGGAAGUCACAAAUAACUUGGAGUUUGCAAAAGAAUUACAGAGGAGUUUCAUGGCUUUAAGUCAAGAUAUUCAGAAAACAAUAAAGAAGACAGCACGGAGGGAACAACUUAUGAGAGAAGAAGCGGAACAGAAACGUUUAAAAACUGUACUCGAGCUGCAAUAUGUUCUGGACAAGCUGGGAGACGAUGAGGUGCGAGCUGACCUGAAACAGGGUUUGAAUGGAGUGCCGAUACUGUCUGAAGAGGAACUGUCAUUACUGGAUGAAUUCUACAAACUAGCAGACCCUGAGCGGGACAUGAGCUUGAGGUUGAAUGAACAGUACGAACAUGCCUCCAUUCAUCUCUGGGACUUGCUGGAAGGGAAGGAAAAGUCUGUAUGUGGAACAACCUAUAAAGCUCUAAAGGAAAUUGUUGAGCGUGUUUUCCAGUCAAACUAUUUUGACAGCACCCACAACCACCAGAAUGGAAUAUGUGAGGAGGAAGACACAGCCUCAGCACCUAUAGUUGAAGACCAGGUAGCUGAAGCUGAGCCUGAGCCUGCAGAGGAGUAUACUGAACAAAGUGAAGUUGAAUCAACGGAGUAUGUAAAUAGGCAGUUUAUGGCAGAAACACAGUUCAACAGUGGUGAAAAGGAGCAGGUAGAUGAGUGGACAGUCGAAACAGUGGAGGUGGUAAAUUCGCUGCAGCAGCAGCAGCCUCAGGCUACAUCUCCAUCAGUCCCGGAGCCUCAUUCUUUGACUCCAGUGACUCAAGCAGAUCCCCUUGUGAGGAGACAGCGAGUACAAGAUCUCAUGGCACAAAUGCAGGGACCCUAUAAUUUCAUACAGGAUUCCAUGCUGGAUUUUGAAAACCAGACACUUGAUCCUGCUAUUGUAUCUGCACAACCUAUGAAUCCAACACAGAACAUGGAUAUGCCCCAGCUGGUUUGCCCUCCAGUUCAUUCUGAAUCUAGACUCGCACAACCUAAUCAAAUUCCUGUCCAGUCAGAAGCAACACAAGUUCCUUUGGUUUCGUCUACAAGUGAAGGGUAUACAGCAUCUCAGCCCUUGUACCAGCCCUCUCAUGCUACUGAGCAACGCCCACAAAAGGAACCAAUUGAUCAGAUUCAGGCGACGAUCUCUUUAAAUACAGACCAGACUACAGCAUCAUCAUCCCUUCCUCCUGCUUCGCAGCCUCAGGUCUUCCAGGCUGGAACAAGCAAACCAUUACACAGCAGUGGAAUCAAUGUAAAUGCUGCCCCAUUCCAAUCCAUGCAAACGGUGUUCAAUAUGAAUGCACCAGUUCCUCCUGUUAAUGAACCCGAAACAUUGAAACAGCAAAGUCAGUACCAGGCUAGUUAUAACCAGAGCUUCUCCAGUCAGCCUCACCAGGUAGAACAGACAGAGCUUCAGCAAGAACAACUUCAGACAGUGGUUGGCACUUACCAUGGCUCCCAGGAUCAGCCCCAUCAAGUGACUGGUAAUCACCAGCAGCCUCCUCAGCAGAACACUGGAUUUCCGCGUAGCAGUCAACCCUAUUAUAAUAGUCGAGGUGUUUCUCGUGGUGGCUCCCGUGGUGCUAGAGGCUUGAUGAAUGGAUACAGGGGCCCUGCCAAUGGAUUCAGAGGAGGAUACGAUGGCUACCGCCCUUCGUUCUCUAAUACUCCAAACAGCGGCUAUACUCAGUCUCAGUUCAGUGCUCCUCGUGACUACUCUGGCUAUCAACGGGAUGGAUAUCAGCAGAAUUUCAAGCGAGGCUCUGGGCAGAGUGGACCACGGGGAGCCCCACGAGGUCGUGGAGGGCCCCCAAGACCCAACAGAGGGAUGCCGCAAAUGAACACUCAGCAAGUGAAUUAAUCUGAUACACAGGAUUAUGUUUUAACGCCAAAAACACACUGGCCAGUGUACCAUAAUAUGCUACCAGAAGAGUUAUUAUCUAUUUGUUCUCCCUUUCAGGAAACUUAUUGUAAAGGGACUGUUUUCAUCCCAUAAAGACAGGACUGCAUUUGUCAGCUUUAUAUUACCUGGAUAUGGAAGGAAACUAUUUUUACUCUGCAUGUUCUGUCCUAAGCGUCAUCUUGAGCCUUGCACAUGAUACUCAGAUUUCUCACCUUUGCUUAGGAGUAAAACAUAAUAUACUUUACUGGGUGAUAAUUAUCUCCAUAGUUAUUUGAAAUGGCUUGGAAAAGAGAUUGACUUGACAUUGGAUAAAAUCUACAAAUCAACCCUAGCGUUAUUUACUGGUAAAUGACAAAACUAAAAUACAUUUCCCUUCAAAGGAAGAUGGAAGGAGUGGAGUGUGGUUGGCAGAACAACUGCAUUUCAUAGCUUUUCCAGUAAAAUUGGAGCACUGAACGUUUAGAUGCAUACCAAACUAUGCAUGGGCCCUUCCUUAACACACGUUUAAGACUGGCUACCGGCUUUGACAUAGCACUAGUCAUCCUCUGGUCAAACGACUGGUCAAAAACACAUGUAAAACUGCUUUUUAAACAUCUGUUACUGUAUAAGACAAAGCCGAAUUUCAAGGUUAGGCUUUGGCACUUUGCAACAAAUAUGGGGUAUAAUCUGGAUGGUCAUUUCUGUACUUAAUGUGAAAUAUUUAGAUACCUUCUUGAACACUUAAUAGAUUCUUGACAAUGACUUAUAAGGAUUGGUACUAUAUAUCACUCCUUAUGACACAUUAUCUCACUAGUACAUUAUCUCACUAGUCCUUGCUGUAUUGUCACAUAAGGUACAGAUACUGAUAAAAAAGAAAGAAAGAAAGAAAGAAAAGCCUUUGCCUAUCAUAACACCGGGUCACGUGUUUUUCCUGCAGCCCUGAAGGUUUUUAAAAGAAAAGGAUAUCCAAUGCCUGCUGCUACCACUCUUUUAAAUCGCUCUUUUUGAAAAGCACCAGUAUGUGUUUUAGAUUGAUUUCCCCGUUUUAGGGAAAUGACAAGUCAGUAGUUUCAGUUCUGGUGGUAUAAGCAAAAUAAAACGUUUAUGAAAGUUGUAUGUUGAAAUACUAGUGUCCAACAGCCAGCAGCUUCUGUGGUCCCCCCCCCCCCCCCCAUGCAUUGCUAGUGUCACACAUUUUACAGUUCUUUCCAGAGGCCCUUUCAGUAGUGCUCACACUUUUGUCUAAUCCUUAUUGAAUCAUCCUUUUCUUUUGGGAGGCAUUUAUAUUCAAAAUGGUGAUUCCUUAGAUGCAAAGGGAAAGUCACAAGUUUGAUGGAGAUGAAGUUUAUUUAUGUACGAACUUGGAAUUUGUGCUAGCAGGUUGAGCACUACACGUGCCUAUGAACUUUCAUGCUGCUUGUUAUGAUCCAAUUCGACUUCAUGAAGAAUCAAUCCCACCUAUAAAGCAAAGGCUACUAAUGCUAAAUUAUUGGCAUUUUCUAUGCAAAGACUGAAACUUUGUUUUCAGUUUUUAGCUAGGAAAUUUCUGCAGUAGGUGCUCAUUUAAAAACAAUACUGUUCUCAAACAUCCAUUAUUAGACAACUGGAUUUUUUUUUUUUAUCCUACUAAAAAUGGAUAGGCUGUUGAACAUUCCACAUUCAGAAUUUUUGUAGGGUGGUGGGAAAGGGGAGCUCUUCAAUGUUUAUUUUAAAAUAAAACAAGUUCUUUGACUUUCA